CUGCGUCUUCUACACAGUUCUCAAGCAUCAUCAAAACAGGGUUUUGCUAGGGUUUUAAGUUGGCUGCUCUGUCUGAUGCACUUGACCCUUAUUAUUCCCACUCAUUAAAUCUCCAUAGAAUUCGAGCAGAAGCUAUACAUCUAAUCUCGAAAGCCUCGCGAAAAUGGUCCCUACCAAUGGCGCAAAGGUUCUUCGCUUGUUGACUCGUCGAUGUCUCUCCUCAACGCUUCUUCAAGAUUGUGCCAAUCAGAAACUCAGGGGAGUAGCUGUUGGGAGUUUUAGGAGAUUGAAUACGGGUGCUGGCAAUCCUGCGAAAGUGCUUGGAGAUUACGCUUCAAAAUCUGGGCAUGAUCGGAAAUGGAUCAACUUUGGAGCUUUUAAUUCUAAAUUUGGUUCAACAAGGUCUAUCCAUGGAACAGGUUCUUCAUGUAUGUCUUCUAAAGACUAUUAUGAACUUCUUGGAGUGAGCAAGAAUGCUCCAGAAGGUGAAAUCAAGAAGGCUUAUUAUGGGCUUGCGAAGAAACUCCAUCCUGAUAUGAAUAAAGAUGACCCAGAAGCUGAGAAGAAGUUCCAGGAGGUCUCAAAAGCUUAUGAAAUUUUGAAAGAUAAGGAGAAGCGUGACCUUUAUGACCAGGUUGGGCAUGAAGCAUUUGAGCAAAAUGCUACUGGUGGAUUUUCAAAUGAUGCAGGAGCAGGAGGCUUCGAAGGGUUUAACCCCUUUGACAUCUUUGGACGGGGCUUUAGCGAUAUCUUCAACCAAAGGCAAGAUUUCGGAGGUCAAGAUGUCAAGGUUUUGCUUGAUCUUUCUUUUAUGGAAGCUGUUCAAGGAUGCUCCAAAACUGUGACCUUUCAAACCGAUCUGUCUUGCAAUACUUGUGGUGGACAAGGUGUUCCUCCUGGUACCAAACGUGAAAAAUGCAAAGCCUGUAAUGGCUCUGGGAUGACAACAAUGAGAAGUGGUAUAUUAAGCAUCCAACGAUCUUGCCAAAAGUGUGGUGGAGCUGGUCAAACGUUCUCAAGUAUUUGCAAAUCCUGUAGAGGGGCUAGAGUGGUUCGAGGACAGAAGUCAGUGAAAGUCAAUAUUGAUCCAGGGGUUGACAAUAGCGAUACAUUAAAAGUAGCAAGGGCGGGUGGGGCUGAUCCUGAAGGUGACCAACCUGGAGAUCUCUAUGUUAUUUUCAAGGUUCGUGAAGAUCCUGUGUUCCGCAGAGAUGGAUCAGAUAUUCAUGUGGAUUCGGUUCUCAAUGUUACCCAGGCCAUUCUUGGAGGAACCAUUCAAGUUCCAACCCUCACCGGUGAUGUGGUCGUCAAGGUCCGUCCUGGAACCCAACCUGGUCAGAAAGUAGUGCUAAGAAAUAAAGGUAUUAGAGCAAGAAAGUCGACUAAAUUUGGGGAUCAAUACGUCCAUUUCAACGUCAGCAUCCCUGUUAAUAUAACGCAGAGACAGCGUGAACUGCUUGAGGAAUUCAUUAAAGAAGAACAAGGUGAAUAUGAGCGGCGCACGGCUUCUGGAUCGUCCCAGUGAAAACUUCAAAUGCCAUAGCUGAAAAAAAGAAGUAUUAAUCACCCUUCUUAAUGAAUAUAUCAAUCAGACAUGAUUGAGAUUAUAUUGGCUAGGAUUAGUGAAAGUAUUGGUUUGGUUGUUUCUUUUAACUAACUCUACAAUGCUAGAAGAUAAAAGAAGAAGAAACUUGCCCUGUUAUUUGCCAGUUUUUUUGCUUCUCGAAAUUUCGAGGUUUAUAGAUGUGGUUCAUCUUUUCAUUAUCGUCUGUUCCAUUUUUCAUACUUGUUCUGAAGUUUAAUAAGAAUCGUGUUUUCCC